UGAUUAUUGCCAUUUGUUGGUUUUGUGUAGUCCCCUUAGAUAGCUUUUGUUAUGGGCUGCGACGUGCUUUGCGUCUUGGCGUAGAAAGGAUUGGGCUUGAGACUAGUCACGUGAUGCACAUCCUUGGUGUUGAUUGGCCUGGAAUCUUGUGACCCCCCACGACGCCUGAAUGACAACACAGCUUGUGCUCUGUCGCAGGGCGGCCAUCAUGGCGAACCCACGUAAAUUCAGUGAAAAAAUCGCGCUCCACAACCAAAAGCAGGCCGAAGAGACGGCCGCUUUUGAGCAGAUCAUGAAGGAAGUGAGUGGCGCUACAAGAGCCACUGCUGGGGCCCAAUACCAGAAAAUGCAGAUGGCUCAGGCUCUCGGAGCAUAUCGUGGCGGUUCCCUGCCCAACGUCAACCAGAUAGGAACGGGUGCCAUUGAUUUACAGGGCGCCCUUCACAGCUUAGAAGACAUCAAACGCGGAGCCCAGCCGGGGUUCGUGGACCGAAGGCCCGGUUUUGACAGGUCCCGCAUGCUAGCAGCUCAACACCGCAACAGACUGGCACCGUUUGAAAAGAGGCAGAUGGACAGCCCUCGGUAUGGAGGAGUCCAUUAUCUAUCUCCGCCGGACACCAACUGGAGGAGCCAUUUGCAUCCUGUGUUGCCAGGGUCAGCUAUGUUAAGAACAAAUUCAGACUCGGCUCUACACACAAGUGCGAUGAACCCCUCGCCACAGGAUCCCUUUCAUCCACCAAAUCAAGGCAGCCCACAGCAAGUACGCAGAUUUGGUAAUGUGCUAGAUCCACAAUUAGGUCAGAAGCCGUGGGACCCCAAAAAGCACCAGCAAGUGGGGACUGGGCGACCAAAGUCUUGUGAGGUUCCUGGGAUAAGUAUCUACCCGUCUGCAGAACAAGAGACGAACCAUCCACACAUCCCGAUCUCCAACAACACGGGCUCGCUGCCCGAUCUCACCAACUUACAGUUCCCCUCGCCACUGGCAACCCCGCUGGAUGUGGAAGAUCAGACUUCCUUCAACCAUAGUAGCGGCAACACCCUGUCCACAAAUACCAUGCAACAUUUAGGCAUUAGUGCUGCGCAGCAAACACAGACCAGUCCUCAGGCUCAGAGAAGACGUCACACCCACCACUCUGCACCGAGCCCCCUCACUCUCAGUCCCCACCAGCAAAGACGAGCACAGUCACAAGUUAUACCUCCUCACAACGAAUACGACAGACCCGAU